AUGGGCUAUUAAGCGUAUUAACCUCCAAUUGAUACAAAACAUUAUAGUAAUUUAGCAAUUGUACUAACCUUUAUCGGAUUCUGUUUCCUAUCAUAUUUUGUCAUGUACAAUAAAUUAAUUACUUUAGAUACCAAAUUACAUAGAAUAAAUAAUAAAGAUCAUUGACUAAAGAAUUAUCAGUUGGAUUGUUUGCUUCAUUAUUUUUAUCUUCAGGAACACUGUUUAGUUUUUUAGCAUUAGGAUUGUAUUUUUGA